AUGCCCCUCACGUGGUCAUCCCCAGAUUAUCCCCUUGAACCAUACAAUGGACCCCCCAGGAACAUCGCCUACAUCGAACAACUGGAUUUCGGCAAGGAGGUCCAGCCAAAGCCAUAUAAUAUUGCAGGAACACAUCCAGACUCAAGAGUCCUGAUUACCGACAUCAAGAUCCUUGAUGCUACUGGGCGGGAGCCGUACCACGGAGAUGUGCUGAUUACAGGGGAGCGAUUCACACACGUUGGCACCGUCCCCAACAAAGAAGAUCUCCUCAGAGACCCCCGAGUGCGUGUUUUCUAUGGCAACGGCCGCACCCUGAUCCCUGGUCUUGGAGACGCCCAUACCCAUCUCAGCUGGAAUGGAGGCGAUCUCGGCCGAUUAGGCGAGUUGGGCGUUGAAGAGCACACUCUUCUCACGGCGCGGAGUGCGCGGUGUUUUCUGGAUUCGGGGUAUACGAUGUGCUUCGGCGCUGCAUCCGCGAAAAGGAGACUAGAUGUAGUCGUUCGCGAUGCCAUCAACGCGGGAGAUAUCCCCGGCCCUCGGUAUCUUGCGAACGGGCAGGAGAUGGCGAGGAGAGACGGCGACCUGGUGCCGGGGAUAACGGCGUACGCCGAUGGGCCGGAGGAGAUGCGAGAGGUGAUUCGCGAACAUGUCAAAUUGGGCGUGGAUCAGGUGAAGCUGUCGAUGUCCGGGGAAUCGAUUACCGAGAUUCGCGACGCAAUGGACUGCUAUUUCAGCGACGAAGAGACCAAAGCAUGUGUAGACGAAGCUCAUAAACACGGGAUCAGGCUCUGCGCACAUGCACGCGCGCGCGAUUCGGUGAGACAGUGCAUUAAGCAUGGAGUUGAGAUCAUCUAUCACGGGUCGUACAUUGACGAAGAGGUGACAGCCGCAGGAAUGGACGCCCUGGAGAAGAAACGGUCCCAGCAUGUAGUGGUCCCUGCAAUUAACUGGCUGUACGCCACCCUUUACGAAGCAGGCGCGUUCGGCUAUGCCACCGAAGCAGCCGAAAAGGUCGGAUACAAGAAGGAACUCGAGGCUGCUAUCCGCGGGUUGCGAGAGAUGCACCGACGAGGAAUCGUCGUUCUCCCUGGCGGAGACUACGGUUUUGCCUGGACGCCUCACGGUACAUACGCCAGAGACCUAGAGCACUUCACGAAGCUGCUGGGUUUCACUCCCCACGAGGCGAUCAUCGCGGCUACAUAUGGCGUCGCCAAACUGUUUAUGCGCUCGCACGAGAUGGGCCAGAUCAAGGCUGGCAACUUUGCAGACUGUGUCCUUGUCGAUGGGGACCCGCUGGACGAUAUCACAGUUCUUCAAGAUCAUUCCAGGCUGAAUGUCAUCAUGAUAAAUGGACGAGUUCAUAAGGCUGGGAGGAGGGAGUUGCUUGCCCCCAAUAUAGCGGCGAGCCAGGAACUCACGCAAAGGAUUACGCAGGCGGUCGAUGAGCUGGAGAUAAAGACGCCGAUGCAGAAGGCUUAUUGA